AAAACAGUUGCGUCAGAAACGUGCGCACUUUUUUCUAGAAAGGUGAACGCAGUGCACUGCUCUUUCGGUACGUAACGUUGAGCUUACUUUCUUGGCAACAUAAAAUACAUAAUGCGGAAAUGUUAUUGUUAAUUUAAGAUAUGUCGCCUUUUUGUCUCAGAAUGAGCUCGUCUGUAGUAGAAGUCCUCAAAGAUUUCAGAGCUAAACUGUGUUUAAAAUGACGCAGCUGUGUGCUAGCUAACAUUAGCUAACUGUAGGCAUGACCUGUUAUGAUGUAAAGUGUUUUCCUCUCCAGCAGCUGCUCAGUGUGUAACAAAAAGCGUGUGUUUGACAUUUUUGUGACAAUGUUUAGUUUCUAUCCUUACAUGUGUCACAUUCAAGUAUGCUUGUGUCCCAUUAACUGGCGCUGUGUUUGCUUGUCAGGUGAGAUAAAUACCUUAUUGUGAUCAUGUUGGUGGCGAGGCUGACAUGCCUGAGGAGUGUCCCUCUCGCAGGACUCCGGCCUGUGCUGACACAAAGCUCUCCUGCCCUGAGAACACCCAUCCUUAAGACCUAUUCCCCUCUACUCAGGCCCCAGCAGGUAUGGUGAAGUUCACACUAACAGACAUGGUGCCUAGUUUCCGCUGCUGCAUUUACUCCCUAUUACAUCAGCCACUGUAACAUAUAGUGUGUAGAUUUUUGGUAUGAAAUCUUGGAGUAUCACAAACCUGCAGCAGUUAUCUGACUCUAUUAGUGUCCCUUUAAAUUGAAUUUCUUUUCUGUUUUUUUUUCUUUUUGCAAAACGACAGCAAAAACAACUGCGGAAUAGUCAAACUGAAAUGAGACAUUAAAGGGAUAUUCCGGCGUAAAAUUAAGUUAGGGUCAAACACACUGUAACACCGAGUAAGACACCCUGUCGAGAGAUUAAUGUUGCCGACCACUUGCUUCUCUAGUUAAACCAACUUAAGUAAAGACCGUAUGAUAGCAAUACAGAGAGCCACGCGCUCAACCAAAACACCACUCUAUAGCCACAAAUAAUGCUCAGAACAGCACCUAACUUCAUCAACAGUACAUAUAGGGUCCCAGUCAUAGUACUAGCCACCAAACAUCUUUUUAACUUUGCCUAAUUUCUUUAGCAAAGAAGCUAAAUACAACUCAGCCACUCUCUUCCAACAGCCGCUUGUUUGGGCCAGUCCAUUAGGGACUGCUGUGGGGUGACACAGCUCAAGGAAGAACAUUUAUGAUCAUUUCUUCAUGGAAAUGCAAUCAGACAGAGAUGCUAAGGUAGAAGAACUACCAUGUCUGCAGUGCAAAAUUAUAAAUAUGGUGAUUAUUACUUCGAGGAAAUGAUAAAGUAAUGAUCAUAAAUGUGCUUCCUUGAGCUGCGUCACCCCACUGCAACUUGUCAACUUAAGGUCAUUACUUAAGUUGGUAUAACUAGAGAAGCAAGCGAUCAGCAACAUUCAUCUCUGGACGGGGUGUCUAACUUGGUGUUACGGUCUGUUUGACCCUAACUUAAUUUUACGCCGGAAUAUCCCUUUAAGACGUCUAUCAAUUAUGAGGUUGAUUGAGGACCAAAUGCAUAUUGCUAACUCACAAACAAACUGACCUUUGUUCUGUGUUGGUUGACUAACGUGGAAAUGAAACUCCAGUCUCCUGAUCUGCAAAGGUAUUUUAUCAUGUUAUUUAUUUUUCCUCCAGGGUUUGUCAUCCAAGUCCAGAUUUGGUUUCCGCCGUGCGAAGACAGCCAGAGAGCAGUUCAAAGAUGCAGCUUUUGAACCAACAGAAACCGCCAUCAAAAGUAAUCAGUGUACACUAUUUAUAUAAACCUUUAACAGUUGUGCUGAAUUAUGGUGAGCUCAGAUACUUCAGAGAUUUACUUGAUGCUUUGCCAUUUUGAAAUGAAGACGUUACCUUUACCUGUGACGGUCAAAACGUUUCACUCCAAAAACUGUUAUUUUUAAAUUGCAAAGGAAUUUGAAGUGUUUGAGAUGUAAACAAGGGUGUGUCUUUAGUUGACAGCAUGGGGAGAAUGAUCCUGGCUGGAGGAGCAGCUAUUGGCCUGGGAGCUCUGUGCUACUAUGGACUCGGCAUGUCUAAUGAAAUUGGUGCCAUCGAGAAGGCAGCGUGAGUAACGCCGUUUUGUUCUGACUAAAGCACAGAUCCUUUGCUGCUCUCUGAAAGCUCUUCAGUCACCAUGCAUCCCUCUCCCUUUCUGCAGGAUCUGGCCUCAGUAUGUGAAAGACAGGAUCCACUCCACCUACAUGUACUUUGCAGGCAGUGUCGGACUCACCGCUCUGUCAGCUGUAGCUGUGAGCAGGACCCCGGCACUCAUGGGUCUGAUGAUGAGAGGAUCCUGGCUGGUAAGCCUUUUAACUCAGCCUGAUCCAACAGAGACAGAUGUGUUUUAAUAGGUCUCACUGCAGUGUGUCUUCAGAUGAAAUUGGAUACUUGUGACUGAAAGUAAUUGGUUACCAUGAUAACGACUGAUGUUUAUUCUAACUCAGGCUAUUGGAGCAACUUUUGCAGCCAUGAUUGGUGCUGGUAUGCUGGUCAGGUCCAUUUCAUAUGAGCACAGUCCGAUGCCCAAACACCUCGCUUGGAUGUUUCAUGCAGGUCUGUUUGACAGUGUCAAAUAUUAGUUUAUUAUUCUGUUUAUUAUCCCAGUCUGUAGUUUUCCUGUGGUGUAAUUCUCUCAGUUGGUCAGCAGAGGGCAUUCAUGUCAAGCCUCUGAAAACAAAGGCCUCUGUUGAUGUUUGAAUAUGAAACAUUUAAACCACACAGGAGCAGAUGUCUCGUUUUUAAUAUUUUUAUUACAAUUUCCAAUUUUCUUAAAGGUGUGAUGGGUGCUGUGAUUGCUCCCCUCACUCUCCUCGGGGGACCUCUGAUGAUGAGGGCCGCCUGGUACACAGCAGGCAUUGUGGGAGGUCUGUCCACUGUGGCCAUGUGCGCCCCAAGUGAGAAGUUCCUCAAUAUGGGCGGACCUUUGGCUGUCGGUUUUGGAGUAGUUUUUGCCUCUUCUCUUGGUGAGCACUCUGAUGUCUCUGAUGCAACUGUGUGUUUGUGUUCACACUCCAUAUCAAUGAAAAUAAAAAAGAAAUACUAUCUUAUAAGCAAAAUAUUAACUUAAGGGGCGUUUUGUAAUCUGUUACACCAGGUGAGCUGAACUCUUGAUUAUAACCUCGGUGUUAAAGUACAGGCAUCACGUUUUACCUCAGCUAUGUUCCCCUAGUGCUUUGUGAGAUGUCACUGUUUCUUGACAUCGUUUUCAUGAAGCAAGUAUUCACACCUGAAGUGUGAAUACUCGCACAACUUAUCCGCCUGAUUUAUGCAAAUGAAUUAGUUUGAUGUCACACAAUAUGUGUUUGUGUUUUGUAUGCUCUGUAUUUAUUACCCCUGGAGAAACUUGGUGGAUUAAGACAUUUUAGGUUCGAUAAGAGCUGUCUUUAAUCUGUGGCUAAAUAUGUGUGUUUAUUGUACCGCCAGUCUCACCAUGAAUGUGUUGUCUUCCUCAGGGUCCAUGUUCAUGCCGCCCACCUCAACACUCGGAGCAGGUUUGUACUCUGUGGCUAUUUAUGGCGGCCUGGUCCUGUUCAGCAUGUUCCUCCUAUAUGACACACAGAAGGUCAUUAAGAGGGCAGAGACUCACCCUCUCUACGGCGUACAGAAAUAUGAUCCCAUUAAUGCGUAAGUGACCUUUGGAAAUGUUGUGAAACAGAGUGAUACAAGCUGCGCACCUGUGCCGAAUAUAUGAAUCUCACCUCAUGUGCUUAUUGAUUCUUCAGGUGUAUGGGGAUUUACAUGGACACUCUCAACAUCUUCAUGAGACUGGUGAUGAUUCUGGCCAACGGCGGCGGCGGCAGGAGGAAGUAAACGGCAGAAUUCAGUUUUAAGUUUCCCCUUCCACAGAGCUGAACAAAAUUAAGUUGUACUUCUAGCAGCAUUUGCCAGGUGUGAUCUCUUAGUAAUAAGUCUUAUCUGACUGGUAAACAAACAUGACUGCUUUGUAAGUGUGGAAAGAAGAUUGCCAAACCAAUUGAGGGCUUUUGACUUGAUUGUGGCAGUAACUGGUUCACCCUGAGGGUCUCGGAUGGGUUAAAUCGUGUCUAUUUGCAUAAUUUGUAUUCUUUGUUCAUAUUUAUUUCCUCUUAUUCCUGUUUUAAUGAGAACGAAAGAGUAACAAUACAUAUUAGCACAACAGAAAUGACACACCAACAAUAGACUUCUUCAGAUUCAGUAUAAUAACAUUGUACGCACUUUCUCCAACAUGCACUGGUGUGGUUCUGUGAGGGGCCAAAGAGGUUAGCACUUGGUCAUAUAUUUUUGAGAAAAUCAGUAAUUUCAGCAAUGGAAUCAUCAAUAAACAUGCAACAAAAAAAUUAAAGAUUUCUUCUUGGUUUUGUUUUUAAA